AUGGUUGAUGGCCAAGGCUCUAAUUGGUGGAAUUCUCAAAUCGAUUAUGUUCAGAGGCUAUCCAAACACAUUCCCGGUAUGAAACAAACUGUUUUGAGAUUCUAUGCCAGCUAUAAUAUCACGGUACGUGACAUUAGAAUCACAAUGUCUGCACCAGAGAGUAGCCCAAACACCGACGGUAUUCACCUGCAAAACACCCAAGAUGUAGAAAUUCAGCAUUCUAACAUCAGCUGUGGCGAUGACUGUGUGUCGAUGCAGACUGGUUGCUCUAAAAUCCAUGUGCAUCAUAUAAAUUGUGGCACUGGUCAUGGUAUAAGUUUAGGAGGAUUAGGGAAAGAUAAAAGUAUUGCUUGUGUCUCGGACGUCAUCAUUGAGAACAUCUCUAUGCAAACCACUAUGUAUGGAGUAAGGAUCAAGACAUGGCAGGGUGGUAUUGGAUCUAUUAAGAAUGUUUCAUUCUCAAAUAUUCAAGUCUCUGAUGUUAAGGUCCCCAUAAUGAUUGAUCAUUACUAUUGUGACAAGAAUUUCUGCAAGAACCAAACAGGAGCCGUGGCGAUAUCUGGUGUGAAAUUUGAUCAGAUAAUUGGGACUUAUUCAGCACAACCAAUUCAUCUAGCUUGUAGCACUGCCGUUCCAUGCACUGACGUUGAUCUAAUUGAUAUUCAGCUAAAACCUUCACCGGGUUAUCAAGGAUUUGAACAGGCAUUGUGCUGGAACUCGUAUGGGAAAUCGCAAGAACCUCUUGUUCAUCAAGCAUGGACUGUUGCUUAA